AUGGAUAUCAUCGAGAGGCAUCGCAUCGCGUUUAGUAAUAUUGGGUCUCAGCUUUUUGGGGACUUAGAGAAAGAUUUGGAAUUAGCGCUGAAAAAAGGAGUUGAAGAACAAGCGGAACAGGACAAGGUCAUUGAGGAUUUAAACAGACGUUUACAAGAGCAAGAGCUACUGCUUGGCGUGCAUGAACGGUCGAAAUCGGAGCAUUUAAAGAAGAUUGCGGACCAAAAGGACGAAAUACAUCAUUUAAAGUGCGAACUGGCAGAGGCCGUCGUCGAGAACGGAAAUCUCGAAGAGCUUUUGGCAGUAAAAUCAGAUAGAGGGCUUAGGCGGAAAGUGCUUGGAACACCCCCAAGGGAACAGCUACAGGACAAGGAGAACUUGGACCCUUUACCUCCAGUCUUGAAUCAUCUUACCUCCCCCCUGCAAAAACUCCCAACUCUAGAGAGACCAGUAUCACCACCUCACAAAUCGUCAAUACAAACUUCAAGAUCGCCAAAUCUUACUAGUGAUCGCAGCGUGCAAACCGAAUACCUCUAUUCAAAUGAUCAGACAACUCAAACAAGCUCCAUACAAGGUCAUGAGGAUCUCACAGAGGCAUUUUACGAACUCAGUACUCGUUACGAUUCCGUUCGAAAUGAAACAUUAAAGCUCAAGAAAGCUUACCUGGGACUUCAAGAAAAAUAUAUUAAGAACAGAAAGGUCUGGGAAGCAUGGAUCAAAACAGACAAAGAGCGCAUAGAGCAAACAAAAAAAAGGAAACGGGAGGGGACUGUGAUGCCUGAGGAUGGGGGGCUGCAGCUAUUAGAUAGUAAUACGACGUCUAUGGCCCCCAAAACUGGGAGAACGCCCUACACGAAGCCACCGCCACUCUCGCCGUACAGGCCAAUACUUAUACCCGAGCUAUCCCACGCAAUUCCAACGAAAACGAGCCUGUUUGCAAAAUUCAAGGGUUCUACUGGUAAAUCGGAAUCUGAAGAUCUAGGUGUUGAUAUUUGCACUUCCGCCGAAACCCCUAGGGCUGAGAUAAAGGCGGUCAAUACCACUAGAGAAAGUCCUAAGAGCACUCCGACUACUACUCCUCAAGAUCGUAACGCCUCCAGUACACAGGGUGAAAAUAGCGAAUCACGAGACAUCGGUGCUACACCGACCCAGAAAUUAUAUGACCGUCCUCCACUUGCUCCCCCACGCCUUGAUACAGUCUUCAAUGUUCCAAAUGCGAGGGGGGAAACACACAGCAGAUGUAUCCAAGAAGGGGGCUCUAUCGCUCGUCCUGUUGUGAUCAAGAGUGAAACCAGUGUUGCGAGUAGUGAAGGCUUCGGCUAUCAUCUUUACGAGCAAGAAAGUUUGGAUCUUGAUGACAUUGGUCAUAAACCAGAUACGCCUCGUAAGAAACAAAGGAUAGCCAAUUCUCUUCUUAGAGAGGGAUCAACAUCUAGUGUAACUUCUAGUGGUAGACCUGGUUGGAGUAAUGGUGGGUUUACGGUCAAGAAGAUACCGGGUGCGCCACAGACCCAAGACCUAAUGAUGGUAGAGGAUACUCAAGACGAGGACGAAGCUGCGAGAAAGCCAAAAUCUGGCCGGGACAUUCCCGAGAAGUCAAAAAUAAAGCGCCGCACAACCGCCAGAGACUUCAUAGCACAAAUCACCGAGGAUGGGACUGAUGGGAUCGACGAUAUUGAUACUUAUGAUAUAUCUGAAGAACAGAGGAAACGGGAAGGUAUUCCAAAGUUAAGUGAAAUGCUACACUCGCCUGCACCGAAAACUCCAAGCCUUGAACAUUUGAAAAAGAAAAUGGGAGCUUGGAGUAGUGCCCCACCGAAAAGGACCCUCAGGAAGGGAUCAGAAAACCCCGGAAGUACAAGUGAACCGCCGAAUAGAAAGACACAGAAAGACUGGGUUGAUGCCUUAACAUAUCCCGAAAGGAAACAGAAGAGUAACUCACGUCAGAGCAAACUCGACAUUUCGCACUUUCGGGUCAACCCGAAGGUCAAUGGUGGAAGGGACUAUGCAUUUGUCGAGACUGUUCGUGAUCGCGGGGCACGUAAAUGUCUACCUGGGUGUGCAAAAACCUGCUGGCCGAGGUGGAGAUCUAGCCCUCCUCCAGCAUCCACCGAUACAGCUUGUGAUGAGGAGGGGGAAGUGGCGUUGGAUGCAAGGUUUACGGCCAGGUUUGGAAGGCAUAGAGAUGCAUUUCCUAGACGAAAGAGUCCCCCGGGGUUUUGGGACGCAGAUUUCCCUGAUACACAAGAUCUCGAGAGGCAGCAUGGAGCAGCCGAGGAAAUGAGGCUACGGAAAAUUGAGGAAAUGAGAAGAGAAGCUGAGAAGGGUGAGAAGGGGAGGUAUAUUUACAAGAACCGGUGA